CAUCGGAUGAGAAUAUGUUAUUGUUUGCUAAUCAAAUUUCGCAUAAUUGAUAAUUCCUAGCAAUUGAUCUUCUCCUUUCACAGUCCUCAAUAUUAACUUUUGUUUACUCCCCAGGCAAUGGGAAAAGAUUCAGUCAUCGUAUACAUUACAUUGGCCGUUCUAAUCCUCUAUCUCAUCUCUUAUUCCCCUAAGAAACACUCCACCAGCAACCACCGCCGCCGCCUCAAGCUCCGUUAUUCCUCCACCCAUCACGAUCCCGUUGCUUUUGAUCCCCUCGUCGCCGAGAUCGAGCGCCGCCGUGAAGACAACCAAUGGGAGAAGCAGUACUUGGAGCAUUCCCAUCCUGAGUUCUUACAGCACCCCGCUCCCGCCGAAGAAUCGCAGCCGGAGUUGGAUGAUUUCAUGAAUGCCGAAGAUUACUUGAAUUAUGGGGACAAAUUUAACGUAACUAAUAGGUUGGUAUUGCUGUUCCCCAAGAUUGAUGUAGACCCAGCAGAUGGUUUUGUGACUGAGAAUGAAUUGAUUGAGUGGCAUCUGCAGCAGGCUACGAAAGAAGUAUUGUUCAGGAAUUUGAGGGAGAUGGAAAUUCAUGACAGAAACAAUGAUGGGUUAAUUUCAUAUGCUAAGUAUGAGGCUCCCAGUUGCGUGAAGAAUGACAACCCAUAUUUUGGCCACAAUAUGGGCUGGUGGACAGAGGAUCAUUUUAAUGUCUCAGAUGCCAAUGGCGAUCAUUUAUUAAAUUUAACCGAUUUCAAUGACUUUAUGCAACCGGCUGACAGCAAAAACCCAAAGCUGCUUCAAUGGUUAUGCAAGGAGGAAGUAAGGGAAAGAGACGAAGACAAAGAUGGGAAGGUUAGCUUUAAUGGAUUUUUUCAUGUUAUUUUUGACUUGGUAAUUAGCCAUGAUGAAGAAGGUCAUUAUUCAAUGGAGACAGAGACCCCAGAUAAACUGUUGUUUAGCCAGCUUGAUAAAGAUGGUGACAGGUGCUUGUAUGAACUUUUAAUUUUCUGUAUCAUGUUUGAAUUGGGAACUUGUUUGGAUGGUUAAAUAAAUUUCCAGUAGUUGAGCAGAUUCUUGAUAGAUGAAGAGCUACUACCUAUAAUUGGUAAACUUCAUCCAUCUGAACGGUACUAUGCAAAACUACAAGCAGAUUACAUCAUAUCACUGGCAGAUUCGGAUAAAGAUGGCCGCUUAAGCUUAGUUGAGAUGAUUGAUAACCCAUAUGUAUUUUAUAGUGCCAUCUUCAAUGACAGUGAAGAUUACUAUAGGCACCAAGAUGAGUUCCGCUAAAUGCUGAUUUCUCGAUAGGAUACAAAGGCAGCAAUAGAACUCUAGUUCUUUUUUCUAGCAAUAGUAUACGCUAUUUCAAUCAAGAUCAUGGUAAUCAAUGUUGAUAUCCAUGGUGAGUUCUUGUUCUCUAAUUGUUUUUUUCCGAAUUCCGACCUUUUUUCGGGUUUUAUUCCAUCUAUCA